GCGGCCGCCCGCGCCCCGCCGCCCACCGCCCGCUGCCCCGGGGUGUAAGCGACGCAACAAACGCGUUAGUUAAUCAAUGCAAUGAUGGCGAACCCUUAUGGAAUUUUUCCCACUAUGCCAACAAACAGUAGUGCCACGCUCUUGUGUGCACAAUGUAAAAAGUUCUUCACGUAUAUGGACAGUGUUGUGAUGUGUGAGGGUGCGUGUAAGAGAUGGUAUCACACCAAGUGCGCCAAGAUCCCGGAGACCAAGUACCGCGUCAUCCAGGACAAGGACGAGAACAGGACCCUCGGCCUCAAGUGUGUGUGGACUUGUAAAGACUGUCGCGACCGCCCUGAGAUGACCAGAGAUCCAGAGUUUGAGUCUUAUGUUAGAGAAAAGCUUGGAAAAUUAGGCCAGGUUCUGGAAUAUUUGGUGACUAAAAUCCAGGAUAUUGAAAAUAGACAGAAGACUCAGGAAGUGGAGUUUAACAAGCUUUGGCAGCAACAGCAGACUGCAGUUACCAUCCAGGGUACUACUUUGCCAAGUCCAAGAACAACUCACAUCUUUCAAGAUUAUGGAAAUCAAGGACAUCAUUCAGGGCAACAACUUACAGCCAAUGCACAGCAACAGACCAAGGAACACAUCUCAGGAUUCUCCCCCAUGGAACACAAAAUUAUUCAUGAAGUUAAGUUGAAAAUGGACUCUGGAACUCCCAAGCACCAAGAGGUUGAGGGGCAUGCGGGUGAUGGCCUACACCUAAUGAGACCACUAAUUGAUCCAAUCACGGGCCAGGAGAUUGAGGGAACUCAAACACAGGAAACUGGUGAUGCCCUGUAUAGCUUCACAGGAAACUUCUCUGGGGCCUCUGCAUCUGCACAGAGUCAGGCAACUGCAACCCCUGCUUUGAAGGAAGCAAUGGAAUGUCAUUAUGGUGACUGCAAGUGCAUCAAACAAGAAAACCAGACAGAUGAAGCAGUUAACCCACCCAAACCCUGCUCUGGGAAACAUUGUAACUGUACCUGUAAAACUCAUAAAAUUGUCAUUGCCCAUAAAAAGGACAAUGUUGGGAAAAUACACAAGUGUCCUCAUUGUGAGUUUACCAGCAAGCGUUCAGACAAUGUUAGACGGCACAUGUUGCGACAUACAGGUGAGAGACCCCACAAGUGUCCACACUGCGACUUCAGUGCAAAACGACCUCAUUCACUGAAAAAGCAUAUUGAAAAUGUUCACAACAAGGAUCUCAGAACAGACGGAAUAGUUAGAUAAAGAGGUAUAACUUUUAUAAUCAAGGAUAACAGAAUGGUGUAAAAUGUGAAUUUUGUAAGUUUUCAGAUUGAAAGAAAUGUUCAUAGUUUUCAUACAUAAUACAAAUCGUUGGAUCACAUUUCAUUAAGUAUAGAAAGUGAUAAGUGAUGAUGACCAGAAAAGGACUUCAAAUUCUGUCGAAUUGUAUAAGCAUUCCCUGAAAGUUUUUUUAUUCUUAAUAAUGCGAGAAUUAUUUUCAGCAAAAGUGUAUAGUUUUUUAAAGAGGAAAGAUUCUCUGAAUCUCUUUCAUUAGAGCAUAUGCAGUAAGAAAAGAUUCUCUGUAAAUAAAUGGAAAAAAUGUUUGAAUAUUUUUAACAUUCUGCACUUUGAAUUCUAACAGGACUGAAAAGUAAUAGUCAAAUAAGCCUGAGACAAAUGCUUUAAAGUACUAAUUUCUUGGGGGAUGGGUAAUAAAAGGGUUUUAUUUAAGGAUAAUAGUCUAAUGCAGAUGGUGAGUCACAAUAACAUGGCUGAAGAUAUGAUGACCAAAUCAGACAUCAGAAGAUGGAGAACCAACAACAUUUCAGUUCAUCUAGGACCAUUAUCAAGUCAUAUGUUUAUCUUCUGAUGUGGGGUUUGGUGAUCAAAAUGGUCUAAAUUAUAAUGACCAUCACUGCAAAUGAUUUAUAUCUUGAACCUUUUUUUCAUGGUUAGUACAAAACUCUAGAUGUCUUGACAGGGUGCCAAAACGCUCCUUUCUGAAAUAUGAUGGAAGCAUGCUAGUGGGCCAAGUGAAGAGUCAAAUAAUAGAUUUCAAAAUUUCCACAAAUGUUGCAAACCAAGUCGUGCCACACCCACGUAAAAAUAUGAUUUCAGUCCUUAGUCUGCUGAAUAGCUAACUGGCAGCUUCUCCAAGAUUUGACAUGUAUUAAUUUCGUGUACAGCACUUGUACUUGUUAAAGCUUAAACAAAAUUUACUUCUUAACAGCAUGCUAUUGUUUUAUUUUAAGUUAUGUGUGUAAUUAUUGUGAUUCAUUACAUUAAACUCCAGCAGUCGAAAAGUAAGUAUUAAGUUGCAGUGUGUGAACUGCAAGUGUUCACUAUUCAUUUUAGUAAAAUUUUAAGAUUGUUAUUACAGUAUUAUUAAUCAUUUAAAAUAUUUCCACAAUGUAAUUGUUGACUGAUAUCAUGUUUUUUUUUUUAGAUUUUAUUAACAUAUUAUCAUGAGCCAGUGGUUUUUAUGCAUUUUCUGGUUUCUGAUUGUAUAUUAUGUCUUUAAAUUAUUGUUUUAGCAGCUCCUUGUGCAGCUCGCUUUAUAUUGGAAAGGCAAAAUAGUUUCAUGGUUCUGCAGAUCUAAUUAAGGUGCUGUCAUAAUACAAUAGUUUUUCUUCCUUUUCUAUCGUCUGGAUGUGAUGACUCCAAUGCUGGGUUUUGGACUGGACUUCUUGCUGUACCAUUCAUGCCCAGACCUAGGGUGGUAGAAUUCUAGGGAGCUAUAACAUCCAUUUCUUAAGAGAGAUUAUCUACAUUUACAGAAAAUAAAUCACAGUACUGUAAUGUGGCCAAAAACAAAUAGCCAAAACCACACACAUGAAAUGAAAGAAAUGUUGUCACUUCCAUUUCAUUUAUGGGCUUGGUUAUUUAUGAGCAUAAAAUUUAUCAGUCAUGGUAGGUUGCAUUCAGAGAGCUGCGAGGAACCACAGUAGAUGAGUGCAACUGUUGAGAGUUGUUUAUGUCUGUCAGCUGGGGAUGGGGGGGGGGAGGAAGUAAGAGGAAUCUUUGCCAUGUCUGAGACUCAGCAGUGGGUAAUGCACAGAAUCAACUAGGAGUAGCUAUACCAGCCGCAGUCAUGAGGAUCCAGGCAAAACAGCAGGAAUUACUUGACUAUGGAAUGUUGCUAGCAAGCCAGUGAAAUAUAUUCUGGCUUUAACUCAGUCAUUAAUUCCAAUAAUGAUUUUACUCUGUUACUUGCACAUCUAAUAUCUAAAUCAAUCUUGCUGUUGGAUCCUAUUGGAGAACUACCGAAUAUGUUCAGUUUUUUAAGCAUUAGUCAUUUUUAGUGGCUCAACUCAAUUUUUGAGCUGUUUGAAACAGUAAAGUCUUCUUUCCAAAAGUGGGAAUUAACCUUUCCACUGCCAUCAGUCUCUGCACUUCCUUUGAAGACUACUUGGUGCAGGUUUACAGAGGAUUUGGAGAGUCUGAACUAAUAACAACAGUGCUAUGAUGAAGUUAGUGAAGAUGAGCAUUACCAACAUAGAAAACAUCAUUGAAAGAAACAGUUUGAUAAAGACUUAGAUGAUGAGACUGAGAGAACAACGUGUAGCAUAGACAAAAUAAGGAUGAACUUUUUCAAUGUUAGCCUAAAAGUGGGGCAGUUAUUACUGAGCUGGACAAAAUAAAGUUUGUUGCAUUGAUAUUAAUAACUAAUUUAAUUAUUUUUGAAUCUCAAGGAACUUUAAAUAAAUGAAAUCAUGAAACAGGCUAAGAAUACAGUGUCUUGCUAUCCUAAUGAUAUGAAUGCAUCAUUUGAAGAAAAAUGACUUUAAUUUCAGAAGCUAUAUACAAAUACAAAUGAAGGUGUUUAUCAGAGUGCUCUAAGCUUUUUUUACAGAAUUAAGUACAUAGCAGUUGAACUCAAGUUUCCCAGUUUAGACAUAACUCUGUGUUCUUAUUUACAAUUCUGUAAAUCAGUAUCCAUCUAUACAGAGGCGUGCCAUUUCUGCACUGUCAACAGCUAAUGGUCAUCUGUUUAAAUGCUUUACAGCCAAGGUUAGGCAGUAUCUGUACUUAUAAAGAGUAAGCUUAUAAAGGCAUUGACUUAAUAUAAAUUGUUUACAAGAUUGCUACAAACAGCACUUCACAUAAACCAUUGUCAAAUUAUGUCUGCUCUGCUGCGCUCUGCGGUAACGAGCCUCAGCCACAGAUGAGAGCGUGAACUGAUUACUAGUUUUGUCUAAAUGAAUGGUGAGCCUACUGGGGAAACAUUUCUAUAUAACAAAUAAUAGUUGUACAUCUUGAGAAUAACUGAUCCAAGAUGAUUUGGAAAUUUCCUAUAAUCUUACCACUCCAGGAAAUUGAAUAAAAAUUAGUGGGUGCCUAUAGAUGAGUUUGGGUGCAACAAGUACACUUGCUAUCCUUAAUAGUCUUUUAAAAUAUAAUUAUUAUAGGAUUUUAGAACUCGAAAAAUAAUUAUUUUGAAACUAAAAUAUCAUUUUUUCCCGAAGAGUGGUCAAUGAAAUGGGAAUUCCCUGCACAAAAGUAUAAAAAUAUGAUGCAAUAAAUAGUUGUACUGUAUGUACUGUAUUUAUAUUUAAAAUAUAAUAUUUUAAAUAACUGGUAAUGUAUUCCUAUUUGCUUAUUAAAUCUUAAUUAUAUAGAUAAUUACUUUUGUUUCUUUCAAAGUUUUGAUAAUUUUUGUUCAGUGUAUGCUUGCAGUAAUGUUUAGUGAAGUGUGCACUGGCCUUCAUUCUUUCAUCUCUGACUUUACAUGGACAAAAAUUUUACAUUCUGUAACCCACCUAUGAUGAUACAAUGUGUUCCAUGGUUUAAUAACAGUAAAUUCAUCCGUGCCCUGCUGCAAAUCGUGCAUGCAAAACAUUGGAAGCAAACUUACAUUCAAUUACAUUAUAUUUUGCACCUGCCACAGCAUAUAUAUAAUCACACAGCAACCUUUUAGACUAAGGACAAGAGAAGCAUGAUUGUCACAAAUUUAUGGUGUGAUGAUUUUUUUGCAUCUUUCCUGACUCAGCUUAGUUGUACUUUGACCUCAUUACUGGUAGGAGAAGAAUCAUGUUCUCUACGUCUUGUCCAUCCAUCCAUCCAUCUGUACAUUAACACACGUGAUUGAAAACAUUUAACCUUGCAAAUUACUGUACUAAUCCCUUCAUACUGAAAUCAAAGGACAUUUCAUGUUCCUGAGACUAAAUCAUCAUCUGGUUACAGGUGUAAUUGAUUUUACACCUUUUUUUCUUUUUGAUUGGUGAAGAGGCUUCUAAUCACUGUCUUUACAGCUUAUAACCCAAUUCUCAAUUGGUUUCUUGUUUCCUCAGGCAUUAUUAACAUCUGGUAAUAGUCCCCAAAGUUAUUUUAUUACUUUCCUGGCCUUUAACAAUUUGAAUGCUUACUAUUAUUAUCUAGUCAGUAAAUGACUUGAUAUCCUCCCUACUGUAAUUAUUAUUUCCUGAGCUCUUCGGACUUGAAUAACAUAUGGUCACAAUUUAGUUAGUGGAUUGUCAAUACCUCUGUUGAAUUUUUUAUGAGUAACUUGUUAUGUACACUGUGAAGGUGCUGAGACUGAUGGUGUGGACUCGACAACUUAUUUGAAUGGAUCAAUUGUCCAGACAAAUUUAUCUAGAUAUAUCACAAAAAUGAGAAGAUGGUUGGCACUCAGUGGCAGAUUUUAUAAUAAUUUUAGUACACCAUAAUAUAUACACAUAGACCUCUUCAUGUCGGUGUGGUCUCAGUGCCUUCCCUUAUACAUGGAUCCAUUCCCCAAAUGUAAGACCCUCGCAGUGGAUGCCUUACAGCUGAACCGGUCGAGGUGGAGGUUCCUGUGCCUCUUCCCUCAAGUCUGGCUGUUGCUCCAGGUCCUGGCCAGGUUGGAAUCCUACCAGGGAAGGGUGCUUCUCCUUGGUUUCAGAUACUGUUUGCUCGGUGUCCAAACCUGGGUGUUUCUCCGCAGCUCUGCCUCUAUCAGUGUGUUGGCUCAGUGACAUACUUUGCUGAUCUGACCUCUGCUCAUCAUGUCUGGUAUUUUUUACUCAUGUUUAUUGCCCUCUUUAUGGUAAGCAGGUGGCUUCUUUGGUGGUGUCUCACCUGUACCACCUCUUCUCGGCGGCAGUAUGAGGUUUCGAGGGGUCUCCUUUGACCACUUAUUUUCCCCUUGUCACUGUUCUUCAUUUUCUGAGCAUGUUGUGCACUUCUUUCUUUCUUGGCAUUUUCUUGAUUGGUAUCUCAUGCCAAAUACUGUUGACUCGUAUUGUGUAGUGCUGGCAGAGCUGCUGCAGCUUGCAUUCGGGAAUGGAUACUACUUUGGCUCUGUUCACAAGCUGUCGCGUGCUUUGUUUCACCUACAGGCCGCUCAUUUGCCACCUGAGCCUGUUUGGUCUCUGGACUGUGUUCAUGUGCUUCUUUAUUCCUCUCAGUUUACAGUGUCCCCUUCAGUUCUUGUUUCCUUAAUGGUUUUGUUUUUGGAUUCUCUUGCUUCUGGUUGUUGGGCUGGAGAGCUUCAUGCUCUCCUCCUAUGGUGGGGUUAUUAUUCUUUCAGCUCCGGUGGGCGUUUUGUUCAUUUGCAUCUGACUCCUUCUUUUCUGACGUGGAACAAGUCAGUUAGCUUUGGGGGUACUAUAUAUAUACAUACGGUAUAUAUAUGUACUGUACAGUAGCUUUAUUAUGUAUUUAAGUUACAAGAUAUACAUUGGUUGAUACAAAAAGUGCCUAAAAGUUAUGGAUCUCUUGAAGCUCCUCUGCUGUACAGUAUAUAUAUACAAAUAUCUGUACAUGUGUAUAUUUCCAAAGUUAUACAUAUUGAAUACCACUAUUCACAUCAAUACAACAUAUGAGCAUAACAAAAUUAAAUAAAGUGAGAAACAACAAAAAUACAGUAAAUGGACUGAGUUGUUCCUGUGCAGUACCUCACCUUAUUACUACUGAAAAAAAAAAACUUCUCCAGGCUACUACAGCUAUACAGGUACCACAAUAGGUAGACUUUUUACCCAGAUUUCACGCAUCCUGAAUGCUAAUUAACAUUGUCAAAAGAAAAUAGUAAUUUUUUUCAUAAAUGUUUUGUUGUUGAGCAUGAUAGAAAUGCAUCAAAACAGCUUGUGCAGUUUAAGGAUUAAGAAUAUAGGAAGAUAAAAACCUUGUUUUGAAUUUAAAAUGUUUUCAAUGUUACUUACUUUACCUAUAAUGGACUUUCACUGGAAAUGCUAGUGGCUAGUUUGCCUCACUAGUGGCUUGCCUGUUUGCUCUAUUCCUGCUCAGGAAAGUGGGCAUGUGGCAGCUCCACAUGCAGCUUUUUAUGCUUUCUAGAGCUCAUGCUGCAGAUGAUCCAGGGCCCCACGACAUUCCUUUGGCAAUCAUUUUAUGCAUCUGGGCUGGUGUUGAGCUGUUUUCUGACUGGCUCUGGGAUGGUUUCUUUUUUUGCUUUCAGUGCCAGAUGUCACUGCCUUGUUACCUGUGAUUCUGGUCCUUACCCAAGUUGUUCAUUCCUUUCCUUCAGGAAGCAGAGGUGAACUUUUUCCUGGCUCAUCUCAUGUACUUGCCAGGCUUUAGAUUUGGCUUGUGCACUUACCCUUUUGUACACUUCCCCCAUUUUGUUACUCCAUUUUUCUGAGGCAGCUGUUUCUUCGGUGAUAUUAUCUGUGGCUGUUUACCUUGACUGACCAUGGGCGAGACCCUAACCCGGGAGAACCACCUCUUUCCAGCCCCUCAGUCAGGUUCUCUCACAGAGUUCUGUUCUUGCUGCUCAGGGGUGGUUCUCUCUGGUUAGGGCCUUGCCUAUGGUCAGUAAAGUUAGGCUUCUUUUAGAGCUGGAUUCUUAGACCUUCAGUCAUUGCCAUUUUAGUCGGUGACAAUCUCGGGCAUUAAAGAGGGAUGCUUCUGCUUGGGGGUUUUUGCACCGGAUCUUUCAUGGUUCACCACUUUACCUGCAGUGUGGGAGGACAUCUGGCCCCUUUUUCCACCUCUUGGACCCACAAUACAUGAGCCUUCUGUGGUCAUCACCUGAGGCAUUCUGUGCAGUUGAUCCUCCUUACCUUGGAGUUACCUUGGAGUACUUCCGGGGCUUAGCGUCCCCACGGCCCGGUCGGAGCUUUGUUUGUCACUGCUGUGUUUCCUCAUCAUGACUUGGUUGGACUUGGAUGUGGUUGAGUUAACCUCCUCUCUCUUCAGUGGAUGUCCUGGUUGUUCCUCGAUCUCAAGUGGGACUUAAUGGACUUUUGUUACAUUCUUGACCACUCAGGAUUGAACAGUUUCAUCCCUUGUCCAACCUUUCACAUAACAACUUAGUUCAGAUCCAUUUGGUUUUGCAGGUGGAUUCUUGGUUGGUGUCCUGAGAUCACUGGGACACAUACUGGCAUGUCCUGAUUCAUUCAAAAUUCAGGGACUAGUUAGGGUUUGUUGUAGGGCAUCAAGCUUUACUACUUUUAGGUUCUCCCUUCUCGAUUAAAUCUGGUCCUUGGAUCUUUACCAGUUAGCAUGGGUGGUUACUAUCCAGCUACAUCUUUUGGGGGUUUGUGUCUUGGCCUACCUUGAUGACUGGCUGGUUUAGGGUCCUAGCCAGUCCACCUUUUGGCAAGCCAGUGUAUGAAAGGGCUUCAUGUGCACAAAUGAGGAAAUACGUGGACUGAUGAGGGGGCAGAUGACAAGUAUGUGUGUUCACUUCUUUCAACCUGACUUCAAAUGCCAUAUGUUAUAACCACAUGUAAUAGGUCACAUUAAAUAAUCAGUAUAAGAUUUUAUUUAUUCUAAUUACAAAAUUGUUUUUACUGUAUCUUAUUUUAGGAAUAAUAAUUAAUCAGAAAAGGGGGAAACAUUUGUUUUCGUAUAUUUCUGUUACUCUCCUGUAUGCUACAAGUAAGUUUCCACCAUCAUUCAUACUGUAGUGUUCGCCACUAUCCAAAGUGUUUACUGCCACAGCAGCUGGCUAAUGACAGCCUAAGACCCCACUCAGCAGGCAGUGGGUGGGAGUGGACACUCCCACCAUAUACCAAGUGUUUGCUGCCACCUAAGCAGGCUCGUCAUGACCCAAGCUCCAAACGUCCACUUCCGCAGAGAUUGUCAGCUGCAGACUGGCCACAAUCUUCAGUUAAUAGGGAUGAAGAAUUAGAUUUCUAUUUCCAGAUAAUUUGAUUAUUCAAAUAAUAGGAAAUCACUUCAGUAUUGUGUAAAAGUUUACAAAAAUUAUUUAAGGCUUAGCUUCUCUUCAUUAGAAAUAUCAGUUAUUAAAAUGACCAUAAAUAUAUCAGAAGCAAAUUAUAAACACGAGAAUAAGGAGAUUUGUAUCUGGUAAAACAGUAUUGAUAUAAAAUUUACAUCAUUUUACUACUCAAACUCUACAAAUAUAUCCUGUUGAACUAACGCACCACAAAAACAAUGGAAGGAAUGCACAUUAUAGUUAGAUUUAGCAAUAUUGUAAUGGUCAGGGCAUGAAAUCAUGCUAUAAACAGUUAGUGUCCACAUACAAGUUUCACCAUGAACUCUCACUAUUAUCUGAAAUGCUAUCUCACUACUAUCCUUUUUUCAAGAAGCGUUUCAUACACAUUGUAUUCCAGUAUUAUUUUCAAUGCUUAUUUUUUUUCUAUUUUUCUGUUAUAGGAACUGCUAUUUUCUACCAUUUCCUAUUCACUUCUACAGUUCACAUAUCAAAUUUGUAAACACUUAGUUAAUACUGUCUCUAUUGUGUAUACGAACCUGUGUUUAUUCAAGUAGGAUUAUAUGUGCAUCCCCCUUCACAUGACAUACAUGAAUAUUCAAUGCAUAUUUAAACACAUACUUUAAAGCAAGUGAAUCUUCUGGCAGCCCUCGCCUGCCUUCUCUGGCGCCGAAACUUGCUUCCUCUGCAACGACUUUGCCACCCACCAUGAUGGAAAUUACAGGCAUCAACAUAUCCAUCAUGAUGCAUAUUUAUUCACUGACACAAUCAAAAUAUAUAUUUGAAUUGAAGGAAUGUUUGUCAGGAUUCAGACAGUAAUGUAGAAUAUACUGUAACAAUUUAAGAAAUGAGUGAGAUUAAAAGUGGGGUUCGUGUGGUAACGUAUUCCCAGGCAUUCCCAACACCACCAUCGUGGCCUUGUUUGGGCACACUGUAGCCAGGAAGAGAGCAUUCAAUAGUUUCUCUAAUACUUUUGCUGGGAAAUCUAUCACUUUUAAAGAUUUUUAUGCCAUAUAUUGGGGUCAGUUGCAGUUUAAGUUAAGGAUUAAAUAUAGUUAACCAUCUUUAGUUAACUUUUAUCUUAGUUAUCUUUAGUUUAAUAUGUCAAGUCAUUGUGUAAACUUAUUUGAAGAUACUGUACUGUAUUUUAAUGCACCCCAGAGACUGUUGCAGUUCUGCUUACUUUUAAAUUUUAUUUAGUAGCCAAGGUUAUAUGCAUUUGAGCCAAUCUGAUAAUUUUAAGUUUAAUCUUUGUUUAAUUAUGAUUAAGUAUAAUUUCAAGAGAUCCAUAAUUUUAAGUGAACUUUUAAUAAAACUAUUUAAUAUAUUUGCUACAGUAACUUAAAAAAAUUUACAUUUGUCAUUUUUUGUAAGUUUCAAAAUUAUUUAUAUUGUAUGUUCAUAUAGUUGAUGAAUAUAAGAGUUUAAUAAAAUCUUUCUCUAUUUCA